AAUUGGUGCAUCAAUUGCCUUCAUUCUGGGCAUCAAUUAAAUAACUGUUCCUCGAAAUCAACAUGUCGAACCUGUAAUAAAAACCAUCAUUCUUUAUUGCACAUGCGCAGUCCAUCAGACGAUGUACCUCAGAACGAAUCAUGCCAAUCGCAGAGUCAAACCUCUUAUUUUUCGCAUUCCAACUCAGUGAAUCUUUUGCCUGCCAACUCCACAGUUUUAUUGGCUACUGCUCAAGUAGACAUCCAAGACGCUUGGGGUAACUUUCGGAAAGUUCGAGUUUUAUUAGACGCCGGUUCUCAAAUUAAUAUCAUAUCCCAAUCUUGUGUUAAUAAGUUAGGAUUGCAAAUUUCAAAGACUGCACUUUCAAUUACUGGCAUAGGGGAAAGUUCAUCUACUGCUUCUGGUAGCACUGUCUGCUCUAUUCGCCCUACAGGUCAGAUCAAUCCAUCUUUCACCUUUGACGCUAUAGUUCUCCCAAAAAUUUGUACACAAAUGCCGACCUCUUUAGUCCAAUUUUCCAAUUGGAAAUGCAUCUCCAACAAAAAAUUAGCAGAUCCUGAAUUUUCUACUCCACAUUCUGUGGACAUUCUUCUUGGUGCAGAUAUUUUCCCACUUGUACUCAAGGACGGUCGAAUCAAAGGCAACGGUUCGGAACCUACAGUCCUAGAAACUGUUUUCGGUUGGGUUUUCAUGGGACAAAUUCAGUCUCCUAGUCGCUCAAUGAAUUCAUUUCAUUUGUCUUUAUGUGAUUUUUCUUUGAAUUCCACAUUAAAGAGGUUCUGGGAACUCGAAGAGGUGCCAACAACAACAUCCUCUUCACCAGAGGAUCAACGUUGUGAACAACUCUUUGUUGAAGGUCAUUCGAGAGAUGCUUCGGGACGAUACACGGUUGCAUUGCCAUUUGAAAGUGGCAAAUGCGUUUGUUUUGGGGAUACAUAUUCUUUAGCUCUGCGUCGUUUUCUGUCGCUCGAACGUAGACUUAUAAGAACUCCAGAAGUUUACCAGGAGUAUUGUCAUUUUAUGAAAGAUUAUUUGAGUAGUAAUCAUAUGUCGUCAGUAAUCACCGAUGUCGAAACUGAAAAUAAUUUCUAUAUCCCUCAUCAUUGUAUCAUCAAGCCUGAUAGUGCGUCGACUAAGUUACGAGUAGUGUUCGACGCAUCAGCUCACCUUCCAGGUAAAUUGUCCUUGAAUGAUGCUCUCUUGAUUGGUCCUAAAUUACAGAAGGAUAUUUUUGUAAUUCUGUUGAAUUUUCGUGUCCACACUUUCGUUUUCACGGCCGACAUAAAACAGAUGUAUCGUCAAAUCUUGAUUCAGCCCUCACAUCGUGAUUACCAAAGAAUUCUUUGGAGGUUUUCUCCGUCAGAGCCUAUCGGCGCAUAUCGAUUAAACACUGUUACCUACGGAGUUGCGCCUGCUUCUUUUCUUGCUCUUAGAACUUUGUCUCAACUAGCUGAGGACGAAGGAGCCUCUUUCCCAAAUGCUUCCAAAAUCCUGCUCAGAGAUAUUUACGUGGACGAUAUUGUCACUGGCUGUGAUGAUCUCGAACAGGCCAAAGUUUUGGUGGAUGAGUUGAUAUCAUUGUUGGAAUGUGGUGGGUUUGAGCUUCGUAAGUGGUGUAGCAAUAGCCAUGAAUUACUUUCGCGUGUUCCUUUAGACCACCAACAUCAGCAUUCCAUAAACUUUGAUGCCGACUCUGUCAUUAAGAUUCUUGGUUUGAAAUGGUUUCCUUCAUUGGAUGAAUUUUCUUACUCAGUGAAGUCAUCUGGUGAGGUCUGCUCAAAACGAUCUAUCCUGUCUGAUCUCUCGCGUAUUUUUGACCCUCUCGGAUUUCUUGCCCCAUUUACUUUUCUUGCGAAGCACUUAAUCCAGCAUCUCUGGACUUUAGGCUUGCAAUGGGAUGAUUCUCUCCCAGUGGAGGUAAACAAUCGCUGGAGUCAGUGCAAAUCUGAAUUGCACGAACUAGCAAAGCUCAAAAUUCCUAGACUGUUGGCAUCAGGUUCCUAUUCACGAUGCGAACUCCAUGGCUUCGGAGACAGUAGUGAACGAGGUUAUGCUGCUGUCAUUUACCUUAGAUUUUUCUAUCCCAACGGAUCUGUUGGUACAUCAUUCGUAUGUGGCAAAUCAAAGGUUUCUCCGGUAAAGAGAAUUUCAAUUCCUAGAUUGGAACUCUGCGCCUGUCUUCUCUUGUCUAAACUCAUUUCCUUAGUUCUCUCGGUCUAUUCAUCCGCCUUUCAGAUAAGCAAAGUUUUUGCCUGGUCCGAUUCCACAGUCGCUCUGACAUGGAUCAGAUCCUCCCCUCAUCGAUGGAAAUCGUUCGUCAGUAAUCGAACGACUCAGAUUCAGGAAUCGGUUUCGCCAGAACUCUGGUAUCAUGUCAAAUCUAGGGAUAACCCUGCUGAUUGUGCUUCACGUGGUUUGACGCCGGUUGAACUUCUGAAUUGUACAUUAUGGUGGGCGGGACCAUACUGGCUCCGUUCAGAGGAAACCACUUUCGAUCGCAGAGAAAUGGAAAGUGAUCAAAAUCUCGUGGGGGAGGAAGAGCGUCACAUUUCUUUGCCCACAUUUGUCUGCUCGCAAUUUGUACCUGAGUUGCUUUCGAAGUUCUCGUCGUUGUCCAAGAUUCAGCGUAUAGUGGUUCACGUUUUCAGAUUCGUUCAUAACCUGAAAAAUUCCAAGUCUCGUAUAAAUGGAAUUGUAUCGUCGAUAGACCUCAAACAUGCUUUCACCUUCAUCAUCAAGCAAGUACAGCAAUCUGUGUUUCAGGCAGAUAUUGCUAAUAUUCAGAAUGAAAAACCUAUUUCGAAGGGUCUUCGUAAGUUGAAUCUUUUCAUUGGCGAGGAUGGUGUUCUCAGGGUGGGCGGCAGACUUUCAUUUUCUGGUCUUUCGUAUGACCAUAAACACCCAGCCCUUCUUCCGUCUUCUCAUCGACUCACUGAACUUAUAAUUCAGCAUUUCCAUAGAGUUUACCAUCAUCCAGGUGCCCAAACUCUACAAUUUCUCCUUACUCAACAAGUUUGGAUAUUGUCCGCUCGAAGAGCGAUAAAUAAAGUUAUUUCUCGUUGUCAUACCUGUUUCAGGGUGAAACCAAAGGCUUCUCAGCCUUUAAUGGGUAAUUUGCCCUCUCUAAGAGUGAAUCAGCUCAAGCCUUUUCAAUGUGUAGGUGUAGACUAUGGUGGGCCAUUUCAAACAACUAUGUCUCGAACUCGCGGUUCUAAAUCGUUCAAGUCGUACAUAUGCCUGUUUGUAUGUUUUACAACAAAGGCAUUACAUUUAGAACUCGUCUCAGAUCUCACGUCCAACGCCUUUCUCGCUGCAUUACGUCGAUUCAUUGCUCGACGAGGACGAUGCAAUAAUAUAUUUAGUGACGGCGGAACGAACUUCAAAGGAGCAUAUCGAGAGCUCUCAAACUAUAUGCAAAAUGCGCUGAUUGAGGAACAAAUAAAAUGGAGCUUUAAUCCCCCUUCUAGUCCACAUUUUGGAGGACUUUGGGAAUCCGGAAUAAAAUCCGUUAAAUCGCACUUGCUUCGAAUCAUAGGUGAUCAAAUUCUUACUUAUGAGGAAUUUUACACAGUACUUACGCAAAUAGAAGCUCUUCUCAACUCGCGCCCGCUUUGUCCACUUAGUAAUGACCCGAAUGACAUAUCGGCGUUAACGCCGGGACAUUUUCUCACCUUAGCGCCAUUGACUGCGUUACCUGAACCGGACUUAUCACACCUUUCAAUGGGAAGACUUUCACGUUGGCAGCUUUUGACGCGUAUCCACAAAGAUUUUUGGAAACGGUGGCACUUGGAAUAUUUAAACACCUUACAACAACGUAAGAAGUGGUUCGAUAAAACCACCGAUUGUCUCUCAAUAGGUACACUCGUACUUAUCAAAGAUGAUCAGCUUCCUCCAUUGCGCUGGCGUUUAGGACGAAUCGAAAAAUUGCACCAUGGUGCUGAUAAAAUAGCUCGAGUAGCUAGUGUCCGUACAACUCAAGGUAUACUGCAGAGGCCGGUGGUUAAGUUAUGCCCUUUACCACUUCAAUAA